AUGUCGAACCAGGAUGGGUCCUCCGAUGCCGACAAGAACAUUGAGAUGUGGAAGGUCAAGAAACUGAUCAAACGAUUAGAAUCUGCCCGGGGUAAUGGUACAUCCAUGAUCUCCCUGAUCAUCCCGCCCAAGUCACAGGUCGCACAGGCAUCAAAAAUGUUGGCUGAAGAAUAUGGUACCGCAUCCAAUAUCAAGUCCCGAGUCAACAGAUUGUCUGUCCUGUCGGCGAUUACAUCUACUCAGCAACGCCUGAAGCUGUACAACAAGGUUCCUCCGAACGGUCUCGUUGUCUACUGCGGCGAAAUCAUCACUUCGGAAGGAAAAGAGCGAAAGCUCAAUAUUGAUUUCGAGCCUUUCAAGCCCAUCAAUACCUCGCUAUACCUUUGCGACAACAAGUUUCACACCGAAGCACUGAGUGAGCUACUCGAGUCCGAUCAAAAGUUUGGCUUCAUCAUCAUGGAUGGCAAUGGUGCUCUAUUCGGUACGUUGUCCGGCAACACUCGUGAGAUCGUUCAUAAGUUCUCGGUCGAUCUCCCCAAAAAGCACGGUCGUGGUGGUCAAUCUGCCCUGCGUUUCGCUCGUCUCCGUGAAGAGAAGCGCCACAACUAUGUCCGCAAAGUAGCCGAACUGGCUGUCCAAAACUUCAUCACCAACGACAAGGUCAACGUUGCCGGUAUAAUCUUGGCCGGUAGUGCCGACUUCAAGAACGACCUCAACCAGUCCGAUAUGUUCGACAACCGUCUACAAGCCAAGGUCAUCAAGGUUGUGGAUGUUUCGUACGGUGGUGAGAACGGCUUCAACCAGGCCAUCGAUCUCGCCGCCGAGACUCUCAGCAACGUCAAGUUCAUUCAAGAGAAGAAGCUCAUCAGCCGUUAUUUCGAAGAGAUCAGCCAGGAUUCCGGCCGCGUCUGCUACGGUGUCGAAGACACCCUCAAGGCCCUCGACCUCGGUGCUUGCGAGACUCUAAUCGUCUAUGAGGAUCUCGACGUUACCCGCUGGACUUUGAAAGACUCUCAGGGUGGCGAGAAGAUUCUGCACACAAACAAGCAACAAGAACUGGACCGGGCCCAGUUCAUGGAUACGGAGACUGCCCAGGAGAUGGAGGUCGUUGACCAAAUGCCUUUCCUGGAGUGGCUCGCAGAGAAGCAUCGCGACUUUGGCGCCACCCUGGAAUUCGUGUCUGACCGCUCCAGUGAAGGUAAUCAGUUCGUCAAGGGUUUUGGCGGUAUCGGCGCCAUUCUCCGCUACAAGGUCAACUUUGAGCAGCUGGCCGACUUCAGUGACGAAGACGAGUUCUACGACGAGUAA